CUCAAUUCGAACAGCGACUCCCGAAGAGCGGAUUAGCUUCGAAAAUGGGUUGUUUUGCUGCCUAAUGUAUGUCGUUUAUAUAUGUUUUGAAGUGAAAAGGUAAAACCCACAUAACCUCCCGAUACACAUUUUUCUGAUCAUAAACCAUGGUGAGAGAACGGGCCCAGAAAAAGUCCUUCCAGCAAAGUCUGGAGGACAUCAAGGAGAAAAUGAAGGAAAAGAGGAAUAAACGGCUGGCCAGUGCUGCAGCUCCCAGCAUGGGGCGAGGCAGGAUGAUAAACAAAAGCAGUGGGACUAUUUCUACCCACACCAUCCUUAAGGGUGUACAGCUAAACAAUAAGUCACUGGCUGUGGCCCUGGAGGCUGAGAAGGAGAAAGUAAGGCAGGCUAAUGCUGUGAUCCUGCAGCUGAAAGGGGAGCAGCAAGUUUUGUUCCUUCACCUGCUUCUGCUCAAGAGGAAGCUGAAAGAGCAGGAGGCUCUGGUAGCUAGAGCUUCAGAGACUAAACCUGCAGACAUCUUUGCGGAAUCCCAGCAUAAUUUGGAUUCAGAAAGAAAAAAGUGGAGCAGCCCGGAACAUGAUGAGCGCAUGCUGUGUGAAGCUUCGCCAAUUUGUGCAGACCUCUCACCCUCUAAAAAGAGUAAACAACUUCAUUGUGACAAAGAGGUUACAUUGCCAUCCACGGUGGGCGUAAGGCGUCGGCACACAGACAGAAGAAGCGGGAGGAGGUCUCAGCGUGUUCGAGAACAGAAGCUGAUGAGUGAGGGAGAACCAGUUGCUGAAUUUGGGGCUGAAAUACCAAGUCCUAUUCUCAGUGACAGAACUGAAUCAGAGGUGGCUGAUCAUAUUGACACUGAGGAAUUGCAUCACUCUACUCCUGAAUUGGCCCCUCCCAAAAAAAAACAGCAGCAAAGCAAAAAACAAGCUCAGCAGCAGCUCCGCUCCAAACCUGAACCAGUUUCACGGAAACCCGAGAGAGGCCGCAAACCAGAACGUGCCCCAUUAAAGAAACCAUGGGAGAAUCCAAAACCCAGAGCCCGCUCAAAGAGUCGGGACCGUUCAGCCACACGGGCCAAAACAGCACCUCAACCACAAGGCAACAAGCUCAACACGUCACUGGGAUUUAAUGACACAUUUGACUUUGAAUGUGAAGAGACGGUCCACAUCACGCCUUUCAAGGCCAAGGCGGAAGAAAAUCAGCCAGCCACACCCAUCAGUGAAGAGACCCAAACUGAAGCAAUAUCUGCCGGAUCCAAACAGACAGAAUCCAGCUUGUCAUCACCGUCUUCUGAAUCAGAGGACAGCCUAUACGUCCCUCAGAAGACUCGGCGGAAACAGGCUUCUCCUGACAACAUCAAAGUCUUCACGACUCGAAGAGGCCGGGCCUCAAAAGUAGUCGGACAAAAAGAAAACGUCCCUCCAAAACGGCAGCUCUCUGUUUUCAGAGAUGAGUCGAUCCCCAAAGUUGCAAAGACUGAAAAGUGUAAAGUUAUUCUUCAUAACUCGCCUGAUUCGAGCCCUGAAUCUGCUAGGCUGGAACAGGAAAAUCCACAAGAGCCUAACAUGGAGGAGGACUACUUGCUUCCUGUCAGCCCUCUGGUUGAGGCUGAGAUGAAGAGAAUAGACAACAUCCUGUCCAGUCUUGGAGAUGCUUCCUGUGAAGCCUCAUCUCUUUUAACCCCCCAAAAGCCACAGAGGCCCAAAACAUACAAACAACGUGGGCUUGGUAUAAGGACAGCAGGGCGGGGCUUGAGUCUGUGUGAUGUGACCAAUCUGUCCCCUGCAGCCUAUCGCAACUUCUCCUGUGGCGGCUCUCGCCCCUCAGAUACCCGAUGUUCCACGCCUGUUCCUGCUCGUAAGCGGCGCUGCACCAUGGCGGUUGACUAUAAGGAGCCCUCCUUACACGCGAAACUUCGGCGUGGAGACAAGCACACAGACUUGCAGUUUCUCCGUUCUCCGAUUUUCAAGCAGAAAUCCGGGAGGAGAUCGGUGCAGAAAUCAAGGACGUCCAUGAGCAACCAGCAGCCAUUUGAGAAGUACAAUGAGUCUUUUGUUGGAUGUCGCUGAAAGCAGCUAUUUUGCUUAUAUGUGUGUGUAUGGCAAAAUGUUCUCUCGAUUUUAUUUCUGUAAGAUUAUGAGCAACUGUGAUCAGUUUUAGAUCGUUUUUAUGUUUGUUUUAUGCUCAUGCAGCUUCUUUUCUCCAUUUCUGUUUUUUUGGUAACUGUAAUAAUCAGUAUUCCACAAAUGUAGUCACAUUCCUCAGUAUUUUCUUUGAGGCGUGUAUACACGGUGUGAUCUGAUGCAUUCUGUGUAAUUUUAAAUGUUUGUGACAAUAAACUUUUUAUCCCUA